GUAGAUGUUGCGGCGCACCUAGGCGUGUGUGCACAUGCGCGGAGGGGCAAAAAUGGCGUCACCCAGGUAGCGGGUCCCUUGUAUCGGAACUCUGUUCUCUCGGCCAGCAGUCGCGCAUUCAUCCUCUGUGUCUGGCUUCCGUCCACUCCCCGCUUCCACACUGUCCGUUAGCAAGCUGUCAGGUUGCCAGGCAGCUCCUCCUUCCUGAAUUUUAUCUCAGACGCAGCUGUUUCCCGCCGGUCACUUCUGAGGGACUGCAGCUUUGUUCCGCUCAGACCUUCCGCGGGAGGGUCUCACCGAGCAAUGGCUGGUGCCAGCCGCCGCCAUGAACGUUCUCGAGACCGUGCUGCUGCCGAGGCCCCGAGACCGCAGCCGGGUGCCAGCCCGCCCCAGAAAAAGUUCACGCGGGCGUGUAGCAGCAGCGUUUCAGGGAUUCUGGAAAAUCACAACUCACAUCUGGCGCCAGGCUUCACCCCCCAACGGCCUUGUUCCAGCACCAGCGAAUGUGGUUGUUCUCCAGGAUCCGCUGGGACCUUUGCCCCUGGGGAUUCCUCCCAGAAGGGGAACGGCCUCCCAUGUGGCCCGAGGACCUCGCUCUCUGCUCCUGGGGAUUCGCCCCUCCCAUCAGAGCUCCACCAGGGAGAAUAGAACUGAACGGUAGCCUGGAACAGACCACAACACCACAUCAUUUGAGGCUAUCCCUGUUGGAACCCACGUUCAUCUGGCUAAGAAUUUUCUGGAAGGCCAAGAUACCCAGGAGCGGAAUCACUGGAUCAUAUGAGCCUACCCCUUCUCAUCAGCCCUCAGUCUUCUCCACUCACCACCCCAGCCAUGACCAGCAGCUGCGAGGAAAGGUACUCAACGUCUACCACCAAAGUGCAGGGGGAGCCGGUCACCUGGGCAGGAACCACAAACCUUCUGACUGUCCAGCUCCGAACCUGGCUCCGGCCACUCUUCACUUGAUGGCACAUUUGGACAGCGCCUGCAAUGCACAACUGUGUGCUUAUGACAGGCGGCACAGAUAUCCUCAACAACGGGCAGUGGUUUUCUGACACGUGGAGUAAGAGAUUUGGCAAAGGAAAGGCCAUGUGGAAGGCUCUGGAAACACGUCUCCCUACCGAAAUAGUGGAACGAAGGCUGACAGCAGUGAGCCCAACAUGGGGCUCGAACUCAUGAACUGCGAGAUCAUGACCUGAGCUGAAAUCAGACGCUCAACCACCUGAGCCACCCAGGGACCCCAGUAAUUCUGCACUCUUGAAGAGAUUGCACAGAUUUGCACCGCUAUCGAGGACUCAAAAAGAUACAGAGGGCUGAGUGUGGGACCCAGGACCCGAGCUCAGGCAGGGACUCUCCCCAAACCCUCCAUCUGGGCUGAGCCAGGAUCUGUGGUCCCCCGGGGUAGCGCUGUGACCAUUUGGUGUCAAGGAAUCCUGGAGGCCCACGAGUUCCAUCUGAAUAAAGACGGAUACUCAGUGCCAUGGGACAGACAGAAGCCACUGGAGCCUGGGAACAAAGCCAAGUUCUCCAUCGGAUACAUGACAGAGCUCUAUGCAGGCCGAUAUCACUGUUCCUGUCAAAGCCCCACUGGCUCCUCAGAGGGCAGUGACCCCCUCGAGCUGGUGGUGACAGGUUUCCAGGCCAAACCCACUCUCUCAGCCCUGCCGAACCCCAUGGUGACUUCAGGAGGGAAGGUGACCCUCCAGUGCACCUCAUGGACAGGAUUCCAUAGGUUCGUCCUGAUGAAGGAAGGAGAACCCAGACCCGCCUGGACCCUGGACUCCCAGCAACCCACCAGUGGACAGUUCCAGGCCCUGUUUCCUGUGGGCCCUGUGACCCCCAGCGCCAGGUGGACGUUCAGAUGCCAUGGCUAUUUCAACAACACUCCCCAGGUGUGGUCACAGCCCAGUGACCCCCUAGAACUUCUGGUCUCAGGUAUGUCCAGGAAGCCCUCCCUCCUGACCCAGCAGAGCCCUGUCGUGACCCCUGGACAGAGGCUGACCCUCCAGUGUCGCUCUGACAUCGGCUAUGACAGAUUCGCUUUGUACAAGGAGGGGGCACAUGACCUUCCCCAGCACCUUAGCCUGCAGCCCCAGGCUGGGCUCUCGGGGGCCGACUUCCCCCUGGGCCCAGUGAACAGCUCCCACGGGGGCCGGUACACGUGCUAUGGUGGACACAACCUCUCCUCCGAGUGGUCGGCCCCCAGUGACCCCCUGGACAUCCUGGUCACAGGACAGCUCUCCUACACACCCUCCCUCUCAGUGCAGCCAGGACCCACGGUGGCCUCAGGAGAGAAUGUGACCCUGCUGUGUCAGUCCUGGAGCUCUGUGAACACUUUCCUUCUGUCCAAGGAGGGGGCAGCCGACCCUCCCCUGCGUCUUAGAUCAAAGUACCGAGCUGGACAUUACCAGGCCAAAUUCUCCAUGAGUCCUGUGACCUCAGCCCAGGGGGGGACCUACAGGUGCUACGGCUCAUAUAGCACCUCCCCCCACCUGUUGUCACACCCCAGUGACCCCCUGGAGCUCCAGGUCUCAGGAUCCUCUGGAGAGUCCGGCCCCCCAGCCACAGAUCCCAGCUCAACAGCUGGUCCCAACCGGUACCUGUACGUCCUCAUCGGGGCCGCGGGGGCCUUCGUCCUGCUGCUCUGCCUCCUCGUCGUCCUCCUCGUCCGUCGCCAGCGUCAGGGCAAAGGCAGGAAGCCGGGGGCCGCAGACCCAGAGCCCCAGGACAGAGGCCUGCAGGACAGCUCCGGGCCAGCUGCCGCCACCCAGGAGGAGACCCUCUCAGAUGCCGCCGUGCAAGACGCACAGCCCGAGGAGGGGGUGGAGCUGGACCAGCGGCAGGACGCGGAGGAUGGAGACCCCCAAGGAACGACGUAUGCCCAGGUGAGCCACUCAAGAUCAAGACUCAGUCGGGGACCGGCCACUUCUCCUUCCCCCCUGUGGGGGGGAUUGCCGGACACAGAAGCAGAGGAAGACAGGCAGAUGGACAGUCAGGCUGCCGCAUCUGACGCCCCCCCAGAUGUGACCUACGCCCAGCUGAACCGCUUGACGCUCAGACGGGAGACGAGUGCACCCCAUUCCUCCCAAGCCGGGGAGCCUCCAGCAGAGCCCAGCGUGUAUGCUGCUCUGGCCAUCCGCUAGCCCAGGAAGGACCCACAGCCCACACUCCAGGGAGGGGACCGCGGGGACCCCAGGAGGCGCAGGAGCUGCCCACAGAGGCCGCCUAAUGGCCCCAGCCAGCUUGGACUCCUAACAUAGACCAAUUUACUGGAUACAUGAUCAAUAUUUAGAAAUCAGUUGCAUUCAGAGUUCCAGUUCUGGAUGAAGAUAGAGUAGGUGGAUGCCCCCCUAUUUCUUUAUACCGGUGAGACUGAUUAUUUACUUCUGACCUCCAGAAUUAUAAUAAAUCUAUGUUAUCUUAA